UCUAGCCGGGGAGGGCGGUGCUUGGAAAAACGGCAGGCCCCCGUGGCUGGCGCCGGCUCUUGCCCGGGCAGCCUCUCGGCGGCACGAGCGCGGGAGGCGCCCCCGGGGGCCCGGCCCUUUGCUCGUAGCUGGCCUGAGGCCCUUCCUUGGGCAUCCCCAGGCCUGACAACCACAGAGCAAGGAACCCCGGGGACCUGCUUGCAGAACCGGGGCCCAGUGAAGAUACAGAAACGAGUCGCCAAAGCAGGGAGCAGGAGACAGUUCCGUGCUGUGUUGAAUUCAAGACUUUUUAAAACACACUUUGGUGGAGUUUUUGCCAAGAGGGUGAGGCACAGCCUGCUGCAGGAUGGUUUGUACUCGAGGCACAGGUGCAUCCUCUGUUGGGUGUAUAAGGAACACAUGGUGAACGCUGGUUUAGAGAUGGAAAGUUCUGUUUGGAAGGCAAAGAAGAGGGUCCUCCCGCCAUGGAUGGCCGUGAGGGAGGUGGAGCCAAGAAAGACUACAUCAGCAGUGAGACUCAAGAGGGCGAAGAAGCCAGCUGUGGCAAGGACCAUGACUGUCUAUUGUAUGAACGAAGCGGAGCUGGUGGACGUAGCAUUGGGGGUCCUGGCUGAGAACUGUAAAUACAAGGAAAUGGAGGGGAAUGUUCCAUCUGAAACCGAAGCGGAGCAGGAAGGCCAGCAAACGCCGACGAAGCCUCAAUGGAGUCCAGCAAGCAGUGGCGGGGCCAGCACUCCCAGCUCAGGCCCUAGACCCCAUGCUCAGCCAGAUGCUUUGGGCUGUGCUAGCAGGACAGACACAGAGGACGAUGAAGAUGAUGCUUUGAAAUAUGUCAGGGAGAUAUUUUUUAGCUAACAUCUCACAGGGGUUUUUUUAAGCAGAGCAAAAAUAAUGCCAAGGGAGCUAUAGUGGGAGGGUGGGGCAGACCCAGGGGCAGGCUCCAGUGGGUGGGGAUAUGGCAGUGUGGGGCUGUACGGGUUCCCUCAAUGCCCUCCCAAUUCAAAGGGAGCCUGGAGCAGUGGCAUGGAUGGGGCCCCAGGAGAAGGGAGCAGGAGAAAAUGUCUGAGAGGAGCUCGCCCUCGCUCUUCCCUGAGCUGCAUGGCCAGUGUCUGGUUCAAGUACAGCCCUUGCCCAGCAUGUCUCAGCCUUGGGGACAGUCCCUCACCUACCCCAACACUCCCUGCUUCGUAGCCUCUUCCUUGUGAGCCACGGGUCCCUCCUCCCUGGGUCAGCUCCCCAGCUGAUAUUAAGUGGCCUCCUGAUUGUCAGUCUCUGCCCAAAAGUCAUGGAGAUUGAACUCACCCUUCCAGCUCUGGAUGGGGCUGGCUCAUGGAGGGGGGGGGCGGACUUGCUAUGCAGCAACCCUUGAUCUGUGAAUAAACAGUUUGUUCUGUAGGGCUGUCACUGGGGCACCUUUUAUCAGUAUUAUAUUAAAUUUGAAAGGUUAUUAAAAUAUUAAAUGUCUCUUUUAAAAACAA